AUGGGUUGGCUAAAUGGUGUCAAUAUUAGUAGUAUUGAGGCUAUGAGGAGGUUGAAUAAUAUUGGUGUCAGCAAGAUUAAGGCUAUAAGUGGUCAGGAUGUUGGUGCUAGCAGUAUUGGCUACAUUAAAGUUAUGAAUAGUGUUGAUGUUAUGAGUAGUAUUGAUAUUGAUAGCAUUAAGGAUAUGAGUAGUAGUAUUGAGGUUGGCAGUACUAGUGUUGGAGUUUUGGAUAAUAGUAUUAGCUACAUUAAGAUUAUGAGUAGCAUUAAUGUUAGUAACAUUAAAGAUAUGAGUAGCGGUAUUGAGAUAUCACAGAA